UGCGAGCGGCGCUUGUGUUUACAGGCAGACUGCGGACUGAAGCGAGGCAAGGAGACACUCCGUGUACCUGCGCCGCGUUUAAUCUCGUCUGGCGACGCUCUAUUACCCACUGUCUACCGAUUGAGGGUCGUUAUUUAGACCCACCCACACCCGAGGGAGUGUCAAAGGACGUUUAAACGCAUAUAUCAGCCGCGGCCUGGCGAUAUAAACGCACGAGAGGAUGAAUUGCAACCACAACAACAACGCGGUGAGUCCGUGCAUAAUGAGCGGCUGAAGGAGGAGGGGGAGGAGGAAGGAGGAGAGGGAGACUGCGGUCUCCUAAAAAAGAGAAAAAGGGGAAAAACACGGGAUUUUCGGAUGAUUUUUUUUGAUAGAUAUAAAAGAAAAUUGGCUUUUUUUCACGCCACAGAACGGUGUUUUUUGGGGACAUGUAAUCCAAGCUUUCUAGGGAAGAUUUGAUUCCUGAUCAUACCACCUUCACCAGUAACGGGACUUUAUGCGUUUGCCCCCCCACACACACACCACCACGACAUGGAGCGUGAAGAUGCGGCUUACAGAGGAAUCCCCGCCGCUCCCCGUUUAACCGUCUCCGUUCCGCCCCCCUCACCUACGCGCCGUACCUUUUACCGGCGUUUAAGCGGCUCCCUAACGGAUUUACACCGGGGCGAGUAUUGAACCACAGAUUUUCGAGCGGGAUUCUGCGAGCAAGCGCGUGGCUGCUAGCCCAUUAGCUCCAUUAGCCAGCUAACGGCUAAAAGGCGCUGGCUGAAGAUUUUGUAAAGGCUUUCAUUUCUCCCCUUCUCGAGUCACCCAGAAAUAACCCGGAGUGGGUUUUACACGGACCCUCCAACUCGACGGGCGUAUUUAUUUGCAGGUUUUCGGCGGAGGAUUUACGUCCCCGGAAUGAGGGCUCGAAUGGAGAGGAACCGCUUGACCUUGUUUUGGGGUCUGAUGCUGGCCGUGUUGUCCUCACUCCGACCCGCCGUAACAGAGAUUUGCGGGCCAAGCAUCGACAUCGGCAACGACAUCAGCGAAUUCCGCCGUCUGGAGAACUGCACGGUGGUGGAGGGCUACUUGCAGAUCCUCCUCAUCGGCGACAAGAACAACAACCAAGAGAUCUUCCGCUCGCUCAGCUUCCCCAAUUUGACUGUGAUCACCGACUACCUGCUGCUCUUCCGGGUCUCCGGCCUGGACAGCCUGAGCACGCUGUUCCCCAACCUGGCCGUGAUCCGCGGCCGCAACCUCUUCUACAACUACGCCUUGGUCAUCUUCGAGAUGACCAGCUUGAAGGACAUCGGCCUGUACAGCCUGCGCAACAUCACCCGCGGCGCCAUCCGCAUCGAGAAGAACCCGGAGCUGUGCUACCUGGACUCGGUGGACUGGUCGCUCAUCAUGGACGCCGAGUUCAACAACUUCAUCGCCGGAAACAAGCAGUCCAAAGAGUGCAGUGACGUCUGCCCGGGCAUCAUGGAGAACAACCCGCAGUGCCGCAAGACCAUGUUUAACAACAACUAUAACUACCGCUGCUGGAACUCCAACUACUGCCAGAAAGAGUGCCCAGGGAGGUGCGGGCGGCGAGCGUGCACGGCAAGCGGCGAGUGCUGCCACGCGCAAUGCCUGGGCAGCUGCACCGUGGCCGGCAGCGACAGCUCCUGCGCCGCCUGCGUGCACUACUACCACCAGGGGCGCUGCGUGGCCGACUGUCCGCCCGGCACCUACAAGUUCGAGGGUUGGCGCUGCGUCAGCGCCGAGCUCUGCUCCAGAGUCCACCUGCCGGACUUCGACAGCUUCGUCAUCCACGAGGGCGAGUGCAUGUCCGAAUGCCCCGUUGGGUAUACGCGGACCUCCCCCAACAGCAUGUCCUGCACGGCCUGCGACGGUCUGUGCGAUAAAGUCUGCGAGGAGAAGGUUAUUGACUCCAUGGAUGCCGCGCAGUCCCUGAAAGGCUGUACGGUUAUCAAAGGCAACCUUCACAUCAAUAUCCGCAGAGGCCACAACAUGGUGGCCGAGCUGGAGAGCUCCACGGGUUUGAUCCAGAGGGUGACGGGCUACGUGCGCAUACGACACUCGCACACGCUCAGCUCGCUAGCCUUUCUGCGUAGCCUGCGAUACAUCGACGGCGAGGAACUCCUGGAUGACAUGUACGCCUUCUCGGCAUUUGACAACCAGCAGCUGCAGUACCUGUGGGACUGGAAGCAGCACAACCUCACCAUCCGGAGCGGGAAGCUGUUCUUCCGGGCCAACGCCAAACUAUGCGUGUCGGAGAUCCAGAAGAUGUGGGAGCAGACGGGCGUUCCGGGGCGCUUCGACGAGAGCGACUACCGAAACAACGGCGACCGAGCCAGCUGCGAAAGCACCAUCCUGAAGUUCAAGUCCAACACCACCAGCAGCACCAGGAUCAAGCUGACCUGGCAGCGCUACCGCCCCCGAGACUACCGAGACCUCAUCAGCUUUAUCGUCUACUACAAAGAGGCGCCGUACCAGAACAUCACCGAGUUCGAGGGUCAGGACGGCUGCGGCUCCAACAGCUGGAACAUGGUGGAUGUGGAGCUGCACCAGGAGAAGGACAUCGACCCCGGCGUGCUGCUGUCCAGCCUGAAGCCAUGGACGCAGUACGCCAUCUUCGUCAAGGCCAUCACGCUCAUGGUGGAUGACAAGCAGAUUCCCAGUGCGAAGAGCAAAGUGGUCUACAUCCGCACCAGCCCCUCAGCGCCCUCUAUGCCUCAGGACGUGCGCGCCUACUCCAACUCCUCCACGCAGCUGGUGGUGCGCUGGCUGCCCCCGGUGUCGCCCAACGGCAAUCAAACCUACUACCUGGUGCGAUGGCAGCAACAGGCCGAAGACCGAGAACUCUACCAACACAACUACUGCUCCAAAGAUUUGAAGAUCCCUGUAAGGAUGGCGGCGGUCGGGGUGGGGGACCAGGAGGACGACACCAAGCCCACAAAGUCAGACCCCGACAGUCCUGAGAAGGGCUCCUGCUGCCCUUGCCCCAAAUCGGUAGAGGACCUGGAGGCGGAAGCCGCGGACGCCUCCUACCGGAAAGUCUUUGAGAACUUCCUGCACAACUCCAUCUUCACUCCUAGACCUCCCGAUCGCCGCCGCAGAGAUCUCUUCAGCAUCGCCAACGCCACCCACUCUCGACGCCAGCACUGGCCUCACUCCAACGCCAGCACCGUCUCCCCCCUGCAGGCCGCCGCCAACGGCAGCGGCGCCGACCCAGAGCCGGCGGAGCAAGAGUUUGAGUUUGUGGAACAGGCGGUGACGGAACGCGAGCUGCAGAUCUUCGGUUUGCAGCCGUUCACCGUGUACCGCAUCGACGUCCACGCCUGCAAUCGGCAGGUGCAGCGUUGCAGCGCCGCCGAGUUUGUUUUCUCCAGAACCAAACCGGCAGAAAAGGCGGAUGACAUUCCGGGCGUUGUGUCCUGGGACAGCAACGAGGACUCUGUGUCCCUGCGCUGGCCGGAGCCAACCCACCCCAACGGCCUCAUUCUCAUGUACGAGAUCAAGUUCAUGCUGGGCACCGAGACUGAGAAGCACGAAUGCGUGUCAGGUCAGCUGUAUCGGACACAGCGCGGCAUCCGCCUGUCCAACCUAGGUCCGGGCAACUACUCGCUGAGGGUCCGGGCGACGUCGUUGGCUGGGAACGGAUCGUGGACCCAACCGGUCGAUCUCUAUGUGGCCAAACAACCUGAUAAUUUCCUCUACGUCGCCGUAUGCGCCCCCACAAUCAUGUUGUUCCUCGGCUUCGUGUUCUCCGUGUUCUUCACUCUGAGCAGGAAAAGGAACAAUGAUCGGCUUGGAAAUGGAGUUCUGUACGCGUCGGUCAACCCGGAAUACUUCAGUGCGGCUGAAAUGUAUGUGCCCGACGAGUGGGAGGUGGCACGCGAGAAGAUCUCCCUGAGCCGCGAGCUGGGCCAGGGCUCGUUCGGCAUGGUGUACGAAGGCAUCGCCAAGGGCGUGGUGAAGGAUGAACCCGAGACGCCGGUGGCCAUCAAGACGGUGAACGAGUCGGCUAGCAUGAGGGAACGCAUCGAGUUCCUCAACGAGGCUUCUGUCAUGAAGGAGUUCAACUGUCAUCAUGUGGUGCGUCUCCUGGGGGUGGUGUCUCAGGGCCAGCCCACCCUGGUCAUCAUGGAGCUGAUGACACAGGGAGACCUCAAGAGCUACUUGCGCUCCCUCCGACCGAAAGAGCAGUGGUCCACUUUGUCCCUGCCGCCCCUGAAGAAAAUGCUGCAAAUGGCUGGCCAGAUCGCGGAUGGCAUGGCAUACCUCAACGCCGGCAAGUUUGUGCACCGAGACCUGGCGGCGCGCAACUGUAUGGUGGCGGAGGACUUUACCGUCAAGAUAGGAGACUUCGGCAUGACCCGAGACAUCUACGAGACGGACUACUACCGUAAAGGCGGGAAGGGCCUGCUUCCCGUCCGGUGGAUGUCACCUGAGUCUUUGAAGGACGGCGUUUUCACCACCAAUUCCGACGUCUGGUCGUUCGGGGUGGUGUUGUGGGAGAUCGCCACGCUGGCGGAACAACCCUACCAGGGUCUGUCCAAUGAGCAGGUGCUGCGCUUUGUCAUGGAGGGAGGCCUGUUGGACAAACCGCAAAACUGCCCCGACUUGCUGUUUGAGCUGAUGCGAAUGUGCUGGCAGUACAACCCCAAGAUGCGUCCAUCUUUUGUGGAAAUCAUCGGCAGCGUGAAGGACAAGCUGGAGCCGUCCUUCCGUGAGGUCAGUUUCUUCUACAGCGCCGACAACAGGCUGCCCGACACUCAGGCCCCGCCGCAGCCUCAGCAACACGCAGAUAGCAUGGAUGACGUCCGUUUGGACACGCCUUCCUCGCCCGGAUCCCACCCUCCGCCCGGGCCCACGCUAACCCCCGACUCGCCCACACGGCCCUGCACGGACAAGGAGCCUGUUGGGCACCAAGCGGCUAACGGGGUGACGUCAUCAACGUCGGGAGCGGGAGCGCCGCCCAACGGGAGCGACUCCGUCGCCGCCAUGCAGGCGACCCUGGACGAGCUGCCACCCUACGCCCACAUGAACGGGGGGCGCAAAAACCAGCGUGCCAUGCCCCUCGCUCAGUCAUCUGCCUGCUGA